GCCUAUCACUUUGUUCUCUCCACACGACACCCUUGAUGAGACGCUAUAUAUGUUUCCGCUUUUGUGAUAUGCUCAUAAACUCAUCAUCUCUCUUACUGCACCCAGAUAUCAACAGCAGAACAGUCACCACCACCGUCAUGCCUUGUGGAUGUGGAACCUCAUGCAAGUGUGGGUCCGGAGCCUGUUGCUGCGGCACCAACUGUAACUGUGCCUCUUGUCCCAGCAAGAAGUCCUGCUCGUGCUCAGAUGGCAACUGUGGGUCCAGCUGCCAGUGUAAGUCUUCUGCCUGUUGCUGUGGGACCGACUGUAAGUGCAGCCCCUGUCCCAUGAAGUAGUCCAUCUCAAUAAAUACAAGCGCCCAGGGCACCAGCUGAUACCACUACACCUGGCGCUGGUGGACACGUCAUCUAGUGGUCAUGUGACGUUGGUAGACUUGCAGAUAAUAGAUCAAUAUACUGUGACUGCAAGUUGAUCAAAACUAUAAAUUAGAUCUGCCAUUACUAUGCUCUUUAUUUGUACGUACAUCACUGACAUGUUUAGGAUAACUUUAGAAUCUUAUGUACUGUACUGUAGUGUUUAUGAUAUUUAUCAUAGUCAUUAACAAAUGUAAUAAAUUGACACACAUAACUUGAGAUUUAAUAAUCAUUGAUAUAAAUAAGAGAACAGUCCCUUUGUGA